AUGAUCAGAACCAACUCAACCCAAAAAACAAAAUAAGUUGUGCUUUCGAAUGGAUAAGUGUAAUCGCUGAGUCCCUUUAAUAGUGCAAUAAGGAUGAGCAAUCAUUAUUAAGAUGCUCCAAGCACGCCUUAAAGAUAGAUAGUUUCUCAGAAUGCCUUAAGAUUGAUAGUUAAUAAUCAUCAAGCUGAAGUGAGAUAAUCAAAUGCAUUCACCCCAAAUGGUAAACAAUAAUAAGCAGGCAAAUGCUUUUAAGAAAAUAGAUCAGUUAUAGUUCAAGAUAAUACACGAAUGCAAUAGUUAAUGAAUGAUAACAUGUACUUAUCCCAAGCACUAGAACAAACAAAAAAUGAAUUAAAGCAGUAUCAACAAUCUACGCAUGAAAGUCAAUAAUUAGAUUUCAUAAAGGUUAAAAUUGAGAGUCUAGAAAAAGUUAUUGACGAUUAAGCUUUGGAAAUUGAAUAAUGGAAAUAGAAAUAUCAAAAUAUUUGCACAUAAGAUCCUUAAGAUUCGAUGUUGUAGAUGGAAUCUUAAAUCAUGUUGGUAAUUCAAGAAAAUGAAAGAUUGAACAUUUUGGUGAAAAAUAUACAGGAUUCUACAGAUAAAAAGGAUUAAUUAAUUUAAUAAUAGGAUCAAGAAAUUAAAAAGCUUAAAGAAAAAGUCAAAAUAUCAGAUAAAACAAUAUAGAGUCAAAAAGAAGAAAUUAAACAAUGGCAUGAGAAUUUCACAGAGUUUGAAAAGAAUUCUAAGUAGCAAGUGAGUCAUGAAUCUGAAUUAUUGAAGAGCAAGAUGAAAAUAUAAGAACUAGAGUUUUAGCUUCAUAAAAAGAAGGUUAGUGAUAAUAAUAAUGGGUAAAAGUUGAGUUAAAGGAAAAUCGAGGAAAAUCCAGAGUUAGAACUUAAAUUAAGGUAAUUACUUGAAGAGAAUAAUAAAUUAACUCUGUUGAUUGAAACUUUGCAAUCUGAAAAUUCUAAAUUAAAAUCUACAAAGCAGAGUAGAUCAACUAGUUAAUUUUAAUCCACCAACCAUUUAUCUUAGGGAAUUCUCGAAUAAAUUAAAUAAGAAUUAUUUAAUCAAUAAUUAUUUAGUACUGAGGAGUUUAAAAAAUUGAAAGUAAUUUAUCAGCAGAAUGAAACUUUAAGAAAUUAGUUAGACAAUGCUAAUGAAUAAAUUUCAAUUCUGAAAAAAACUCUGUAAUAUUAUGAAGAAACACAAAAUGUACCUUCGGAUUAGCUCUUUGAAGAAUUUUUAUAAAGCUAAAGUCAUUGUCUAAAUAUGAUAUAACAAUUAUAAUAAUGA